AUGUUCGCCUUUUACGGAAUGUUGGCAUCCCCAUCAUACGAAGAAAAAGCGGUGGUGGAUCUGGGAAAUACAAACUACUCUGUGAUAACUCCUCGUCAAAAUUUUACUCGUAAACAUUCUGCUGAUUUGGUAGCGCGUGCUAUCAGAAAAAGACUUGGCAUAUCUGCAUAUGUUAAUGAGAGACAUGAUAUAGAAAUUGAAGGCCUUAAAAUAUCCAUUUUCUUACUAAAAUAUUACUUAUCAUAUCAUCAUGGUACUAUGUUAAUUGAUACUGAUUUAAGUCAAAUUGGUCGUUAUCUUGAAAUAAAAAAAAAUUUGGUUUCAAAAGGUGUUGAAUCAGUUUUAUCCCCUGUAACAAAACUUCGAAAUUAUUCUUUAACUGUAAAUCAUGAAUCGUUUUGUAAUGCGGUAUUACAAGAAUUUUCUGUCCACUAUCGUGAUGCAACUAAUAGUUAUAUUCAGCCGAUAAUUGUUAAUGAAGAAUUAUUGUCAAAAAUUCCUAAAACGUUAGAGUAUCAUGAUGAAUUAAAGUCUUGGAAUUGGACAUUUGGUCAAACUCCCGAUUUCUCUAUCGAAUUUGAAAAAACUUUUUCUUGGGGUCAUGUAUCAAAAAAUGGUCUCAUAUCAGCGAUAACUUUAUCUCCAUCAACAAUAAAAUAUGAAAAUUUAAUUGGUGCUUUGGAAGAUUCGUUAGAAGGCAUUAAAUACGAUCCUAUCUCUGUAUCUCAAUCAAUUUCAGAAUUAACGUUACCAGACAUUCAAUUGAUACCCAUAUUAAAUGACCUUAAAAACUGGAUACAGGAUUCUCUCUAA